AUGGCACCCAAGCUCAACGACCCCUCGCUUCUAAAGCAAAAUGUUAACUAUAUUAACGGCCAAUUCGUGCCAUCCAUCUCCGGCAAGACCUUCAAGGUCACUGAUCCCUCGACCGGCGAGCUCGUCGGCACCAGCGCCGAAGCCGAUGUCGACGACACGCGGAGCGCCAUCGAGGCAGCCUCCGAGGCCUUCAAGACGUUUCGCAAGCAGACAGGCCGCGAGCGCGCCAAGCUGCUGCGCAAGUGGUUCGACCUCAUGAACGAGAACGCCGACGACAUUGCCAAGCUCAUCACCUGGGAGAAUGGCAAGCCCUUUGCCGACGCCAAGGGCGAGACCGCCUACGCCGCCAACUUCUUCGAGUGGUUCAGCGAGGAGGCGCCCAGGAUCUACGGCGACACCAUUCCCAGCUCGCUGGCCGCCAACCGCGUGUGGACCGUCAAGGAGCCCGUGGGCGUCUGUGGUCUCAUCACUCCCUGGAACUUCCCCGCCGCCAUGAUUACCAGAAAGAUUGGUCCCGCCCUGGCCGCCGGCUGCACCGUCGUCUGCAAAGCCCCCGGCGAGACGCCCUUUACCGCGUUUGCGCUUGCCGAGCUCGCCCACCGUGCAGGCAUCCCCAAGGGCGUCGUCAACAUCAUCGCCUCGCUCGAGAACACACCCGCCGUCGGCAAGGAGCUGACAACGUCGCCCAUUGUCAAGAAAGUGUCCUUUACCGGCUCCACCGGCGUCGGCAAGCUGCUCAUGAACCAGUCCUCCAGCACGCUCAAGAAGCUCUCCCUCGAGCUCGGCGGCAACGCACCCUUCAUCGUCUUUGACGACGCCGACCUCGACGCCGCCGUCACCGGCGCCAUCACCUCCAAGUUCCGCUCCUCGGGCCAGACGUGCGUCUGUGCCAAUCGCAUCUACGUGCAGCGCGGCAUCUACGACGACUUUGUCGCGCGCUUCGUCGAGAAAGUCAAGGCCUUCAAGGUCGGCAACGGCUUUGCCGACGGUGUCACGCAUGGCCCGCUCAUUCACGACCGCGCCGUCACCAAGGUCCGCAGCCACGUUGACGAUGCCGUCGCCAAGGGCGCCAAGCUCCUGGUCGGCGGCCAGGCUGUGCCUGAGCUCGGCGCCAACUUUUUCCAGCCCACCGUCCUCCGCGAUAUGACUGUCGACAUGGCCGUCGCCACCGAGGAGACAUUUGGCCCCCUCGCGGGCCUGUUCCCCUUUGAGACCGAGGCCGAUGUGGUCGCCAUGGCCAACAAUUCCGACGUCGGCCUGGCCGGCUACUUUUUCUCGCGCGACCUCGAGCGUGUGUACCGCGUCGCCGAGAGCCUCGAGGUGGGCAUGGUCGGUGUCAACACGGGCAUCAUCUCGGACGUGGCCUCGCCGUUUGGCGGCGUCAAGGAGAGCGGCUUCGGCCGCGAGGGCUCCAAGUACGGCAUCGGCGAGUACCAGGUCACCAAGAUGAUUACGUUUGGCGGCAUGGGCAAGCCCCUGCAGAGCUGA